AAAGUGGUUUGUUUCUGUUUAUUUAUCGCAGAAAGAAAAGUAUUUUAAAUCGUAAUAAAUUAAAAUUUUUGCUAAAAGAAAAACAAAGUGACAUUGUUAAUAAUUUUAACAUCUGAAAAGUGUGAUAAACAUUUUGUCUAAUUUUCAACUAAAAAGUAAAAAGAAAACAGAAAAAAUGCCAGCAAUCGGAAUUGAUUUGGGAACAACCUACUCCUGCGUUGGAGUCUUCCAGCACGGCAAAGUAGAAAUCAUCGCCAACGACCAGGGCAAUCGAACAACACCCAGCUACGUCGCAUUCACAGAUUCUGAGCGCCUAAUCGGUGACGCUGCCAAGAACCAAGUUGCCAUGAAUCCUAAGAACACAGUCUUCGAUGCGAAGCGGUUGAUUGGCCGCAAGUUCGACGACCAGAAGAUUCAAGAUGACAUGAAACAUUGGCCGUUUAAAGUUGUCAAUGACUGCGGUAAGCCAAAGAUAAGUGUCGAGUUCAAGGCGGAGCAAAAGUCAUUCGCUCCCGAGGAAAUCAGUUCGAUGGUUUUGACAAAGAUGAAGGAGACCGCUGAGGCUUAUUUGGGAAGUACCAUUCGAGAUGCUGUUAUCACAGUGCCAGCUUAUUUCAAUGACUCACAGCGUCAAGCAACUAAAGACGCUGGAGCAAUAGCUGGCUUGAAUGUGCUCAGAAUUAUUAAUGAACCGACAGCGGCUGCUUUGGCUUAUGGAUUGGACAAGAAUCUGUCUGGUGAACGAAAUGUUCUCAUCUUUGAUUUGGGUGGAGGAACCUUCGAUGUGUCCAUUUUGACGAUCGAUGAAGGUUCUCUGUUUGAAGUCAAGUCGACAGCUGGUGACACUCAUUUGGGAGGUGAGGACUUUGAUAAUCGGUUGGUUAAUCAUUUCGCAGAAGAAUUCAAGCGAAAGUAUAAGAAGGAUUUGAAGACGAAUCCAAGAGCUCUUCGUAGAUUGAGGACAGCCGCUGAAAGAGCAAAGCGAACAUUGUCAUCCAGCACAGAGGCGACUCUUGAAAUCGAUGCUUUGUUUGAGGGAAUCGACUUUUAUACUAAAAUCAGUCGAGCUCGAUUCGAAGAGAUGUGCUCGGAUCUAUUCCGUUCGACUCUGGAACCCGUGGAGAAGGCUUUGAAAGAUGCCAAAAUGGAUAAAGGUCAAGUUCAUGAUAUUGUCUUGGUUGGUGGGUCGACUAGGAUUCCAAAGGUGCAAAAUCUGCUGCAAACAUUCUUCAAUGGAAAGACACUUAAUCUAUCCAUCAAUCCGGAUGAGGCUGUUGCGUAUGGCGCAGCUAUUCAAGCUGCCAUUCUCAGCGGUGACAAGAGCAGCGAAAUCCAGGAUGUACUCUUGGUGGAUGUAGCUCCUCUGUCGUUGGGCAUUGAAACAGCCGGAGGUGUGAUGACUAAGCUGAUUGAACGCAAUUCCAGAAUUCCAUGCAAGCAAUCGAAGACUUUCACGACUUAUGCCGAUAACCAGCCAGCUGUGACCAUCCAAGUGUUCGAAGGAGAGAGGGCUUUAACCAAAGACAACAAUCUUUUGGGUACAUUCAAUUUGACUGGCAUUCCACCAGCACCUCGAGGAGUGCCAAAGAUCGAUGUGACUUUUGACUUGGAUGCCAAUGGAAUCUUGAAUGUUGCUGCCAAAGAGAUGGGUUCUGGUGCAGCCAAGAACAUCACCAUUAAAAAUGAUAAGGGUCGACUAUCACAAGCUGAAAUCGAUAGAAUGGUAAAUGACGCGGAGAAGUACCAAGAAGAAGAUGAAAAACAUCGUCAACGAAUUGCUGCUCGCAAUAAUCUAGAAGGUUAUGUGUUCAAUGUUAAACAAGCAGUCGAACAAGCUGGUAACAAGUUAGACCAGUCAGAUAAGAGCAGGGCUCUGGAUUGCUGCAAUGAAACCAUCAAGUGGUUGGAUGACAAUACUACAGCUGAGAAGGAAGAGUUUGAGUAUAAGAUGGAAGAAGCUACAAAGAUUUGCAGUCCAAUUAUGACGAAAAUACACACUGGAGGAGCCGGAUGUGGAGCUGGACCGCAAUCAGCUCAGUUCCAACAGCAAGCAAAUGGCAACGGCUAUCAUGGACCAACUGUGGAAGAAGUUGACUAAAAAUUUAAUCUCAUUAAUGAUCAGUAUUCAAUAAUAUUAAUAACUAAAAUUUUUAUAUUGUGAUCCCAAAGAGAAUUUUAAUCUUUGUUCCUAAAAAAAUAAUCAAAAGACUAAAUAAUUAUUAUUUAAGUUAGUUUUGGUAAAUAUUAUCCUUUUUUUUUUAUUCAAUAAACAUUUGUUAAAAUAUAGUUUUAAUAAUAAUAAUAAUAUUGUUAUGUUAUAAAUU